GAUUGACCUUCUUUGAUUCUUUGAGUGGCCUUCGGAAGGUUGGCGGACCAAUAUGCUUGUUGUGAAAUACGAAUACGAAUGCGAAUUCAACGAAUUCACAAGUCGAACCUUGGAAGUGGAUUCAAUCGGCACAGCCUUUGGAGAACUUACUACAGUUGAAUUCAGCACCCGGCGCGACAGGCUGUCUCAUUUCCACUUUCACUUCCACUUCCACGCUCACACUCAGCCAACUGAAGACUGAAAAGGAGAAAAUAAAGGUUGCAAAAUAACAAAAAAAAGAAGGUUGAAGGCGGCGACAGGCUCGUAAAAGGGCGCUGCUGUACAGCAAUAACAACAUUUUAUGACGGUCACAUAAUAAGAUCGAAAAGACCCCGCCCACUUUCACACAAACCAGCGGCGCAGACGAGGAUGCAAAUUACGUGGCACAUGAAGCGUCAAAGCGUUUGAUUUGAUUGUCAGCGGCAGAAGAGAAGGGAGGCGAAUCGAAUCGAGUCGUUUACCGCCCAAGUUUACACCUUCAACGGACCGACUGGAACAGAUUGAUUGAUUGAUUGAUUGAUUGAUAGAUCCAUAGCCAGUGGUCGGAGGUUAGAGGUCAGAGGCAAAGGCAAAGGCAAAGGCAGCGACAGCGACAGCGGCACAAUGAACAAGAAGUCGCCACUGCCGUUGGCGGCGUUUCUCGGCGGCGACGGCAGCGGAAGCUGUGCCGCCAGCGGCAGCAGCAAUGUUGCAGCAACUGCAGCGGCAGCGGCGGCGGCUGCAAACGUUUCCGGCGGACGUGCUGGUCGCCAAUCGUCGACGGGCGGCUCGUCGAGCGGCAGCGGCGGUUCAAAGUCGGAGAAACAGGCGGCAAGGGAGGCGGGCGGCGGUGGAGGCAGUCUAUGCGGCUGCCAAAAGGCGCCCAAGUCGCACUGCAUAUCAGCAACAGGCGUGCUUUUGUUGGUGCUGCUCUACACGGCCAUGGGUUCCAUCGUUUUCGUGACCCUCGAGGGCGAACUGGAGGAUGGUAACGCCCUGGAAACCGCUGUGGCCGCUUCCAAGCCAUAUCCCCGCACCGAACUAGCCAACGCCGAGAUACGAUCCAGAACUGUGGAUCGCUUGUGGUCGAUAACGGAGGACCUGAAUAUAUUGUACAAGGAGAACUGGACGCGCCUCGCCGCGCAGGAGGUGCAGCUGUUUCAGGACACUUUGCUGCGGGCGGUGCGACAGUCGAAGGUUUAUCCCCCCGGAGGAAUCCAGUUGAAUGCGCCCACACAUAAAUGGACCUACGCCUCGGCCUUUCUCUACUCCCUGACAUUAAUUACGACGAUAGGCUAUGGCGGCAUCUCACCACGGACGCAGUGGGGCCGAGUGGCGGCCUUGGUGUACGCUUUGUUCGGGAUACCCAUUGUGCUGCUCUACCUGUCCGCCAUGGGCGAAGCUCUCUCGGCGGGAAUGCGCUGCCUGUUCCGGCGCCAGCGUGUGAAGGGCGGACCAGGUGGCGGACCCGGUGGCGGUGCCUCCGGUGGUGUGGGCUCGGGCGCCGGGGGAAGCGGUGGCGGCCGAAAGACGGACAAGACCAAAAGCCAGGGGCAGCACUACGGCCACCAGAAGUUGCAUCAGUACGGCCUGCCGCCAUCGGUGUACCAGCAGCAGCAGCAGGCGCAGCAAGCGCAACAGGCACAGCAGCAGCAGCAGGCGCAACAAGCGCAGCAGGCGGGGCAGCAGCAGCAGGUGCAGCAGGGCAAAAAAUCCUCGGGCAAUCGCCGUGGCUCACCUAGUGUACCCAUCUCCAUUUGCGUGUGUGUGCUGCUCUGCUAUGUGAGCAGCGGUGCGAUUUUGUUCCACAAACUGCAGAACUGGAGUGUCCUGGAGUCGCUCUACUUCUGCUUCACCUCGCUGGGAACCAUUGGAUUCGGUGAGAUGGCUCCCAAUGGCGCAGUGGCUCUCUAUACGGCCUCCGCGUACAUUCUGGUCGGCAUGGCCGUGGUGGCCAUGUGCUUCAGCCUCAUCCAGACGGAGAUCGUACUGUGGCUGCGCCGGUUCAGCGUGCAGGAUCACGUGAUGCCCAAGGCCGAGGAACUGGCUCUAGUCACCGUGGCGGUCACACCGAAACCCUCCUGACAGCGACCCAGCGCGGAUCCCAGUCUGGGCGUCGGAUUGGGAGUGGGUCUGGCCGGCGGCGCCCUGGGGCAGCCGCAAAACAAUCUUGGCCAGCACCAGACCAUGUUCUUUGGACCCGCCCACACGCUGACGCAGUACAGCUCGCUGCCGCGCAGGAGUCACCUGCAGGCGGCCAACCAUUCCGGCGGAGGAUCGGCCUUCCAGCGAAACACGCCCAUUCGUAGAUCGACGGGCAUACCGGAGCACCAUUUGGAGUACUUUGUGCCGCGCAGCAUCAGUGAGUUUAAUCUGUCGGGUGUGGGCGAUCUCGCCCUGCCGCCACCCCGUCGAUACUCACCCAACAUGGUGGGUGGUGGUGGUGGUGGCGGAAUGGGUGGCAUGGGCAUGAAUAUGGGUGGCAUGGGCAUGAGCAUGGGCAUGGGCAUGGGCCUGCCACAUGGCCUCCAGUUGGGUCCACCACAGACGCUGCUCUGCUCGGCCACGCCCACUGUGCAGCAGCAGCAACAGCAGCCGCCUCCGCCGCCGGCACAGCUGCAGAUUGUCACCCUAAAGCCGCGCAGCGAAAAGAUGGUCACCUUCGAGGAUGAGUCAAAGCAGGCGGUUGGCGGUGGUGCAGUUGGCGGAGGAGCCGGCGGCUCAGGCACGCCACCGCAUUGUCCACACGGAGUGCCGACGACUCCGCGAAAAUCACCGGCCGUGGGCGAUAUAUUCAUGUGACCAGGAGCGCAGGACGAGGCGGCCCAGUUGGAUGCAGCAAUGCGAUUGCGCGACAGCAUCGAUGAUGCACUGUGUCCAAAAGUUGGACCGGCGCCAGGUGAAGUGAUACGUGUCUAGAAAACAAAAUGAACAUUCUCAACGCAAACACUCACACACACACAACACACACACGCAAACCAACACACUGUAAGUAAAUGCACACACACACACACACGUAUAAAACGAACUCUUUCCAAAGCAUAAGAGAGUAUAACAAAAAAACAUUGCCUACUUUUGAGGGCCAAUACUCUCAACUUGAAGUUCAUUGUGUUUUUCAGCAUAUAAGUAUAAAUAAAACAUUGAGCAAAUAUUUAUUAUUAUGUGUGUAAAUAUAGCAUACAAAAACCACAAAGAAGGCAAACAACUAAAGUUGAAUCGCACUUUGCGACAGAAUGAGAGAGUGAAUUAAAAUUAAAAUUCUAAAUGAUAAAUGCAUAAAUAAUUGAAUGCUGCGUGAGGGCGUUUUACGGUUAAUGCUGUACAACACGGAUCCAGAAAUUAAUAAAUACACUCAACCACACACACACACUAUGAAUAAUAAAUAGUGCGUGGGCGUGGCAUUAGGGAGCGGGACGGAGGCUGGGCGGGCAAGUAGAGCAAACAAAAUGCAAAUGAAAAUGACAAAUUGUAUAAAUACCAAAGGACAAAGUUUAUUUAUGCGAUUUGUUAGUUAGUUGCUGCUCCUGCUCUCUGAGUUCUGUUUUUUUUUUCUCCUUUUUUUGUUUCGCCGUUUCUGGUCGCAAAAUUUCAAUUAGUUUUAUUUGCUGUUUCGCAGGGCAAAUAUGUAUAAAUUUCCGGAAGGCAGAUUUUUACUAUUUGCGAAAUGCUGAUGGUUUUCUUUGCAGACAUGCCAAAUGUUAUUUAAACUAUGACAAGUGAAAUCGAAAUGUUUUGCACCGAUCUUUUCUAGAAUAUUUAUACAUAUAUAUAUUGUUUUUUUUUUUUAAUAAAUGGGGGUGCACUACAUGUAAAGUAAUUUUCCCAUUUGCCAAUAUCUUACGAACUGUUAUACGGUGCCAAGUUAGAUGUAAAAUCCUACCAAUAAUAGCAAAAGUGUUUUUAUGCUAAAUCGUAUUUUUAACAAGCGAACUGUUGAAUGUAUGUAUCUCCCCAUUAAAUUAGGCUCAAAGUGUUAAGUGUGUAUAUGAAUGUAAGAUAAAUGUGUAUGUGCCAAAAAGGGAACCGAAAGUAUUAUCAAAAAUUGAUUAUUAAGCAGACCUUUUAAUCCGACUAAAUGCCACGUACGAGCGAUCAACGAAUUACCAACGAUUUAUUCAAAAACUUUGGUGGCAUUUGGCUUUGGCUUGAGUAUUUCGCUUUUUAGCCGCCAUUUUUUCAUUUGUUUGGCAAAACGCGUAAUUUCCAAACCGCCCACUGGCAAUUAGGUUUAAAUACUUUUUAAAUGCAUUUUGAUUGUAGGUAAUUGAGCGCGUGAAUGGCCAUUUGUUGUUUGUUUCUGUUGGUUACUGGCCUUGUUUUCUGUUCUCUGUUGCCUGUUUUUUGUUGCCCGUUCUCUGCUUUCUGUUGGUGUUGCUGUUUUCCACUGACAGGACAUCCAAUUGGAGGGCUGUCAAGCGAGCGGAGCUCAUUUGAACGCGUUUUUUUCCCUUUUUUUUUGUUGCUUUUGCUGCUUUGCGGCAAUUCAUUUAAAAUAAAUUCAAUUUGAGCGACCGCCACCGCCCACCGAGUGGGCGUGGUCGCCUGGUUGCAUUUGUUAAUUUUUGCCAUAUUCAAUUUGUGACAUUCAAUUAAAAUAGUGAAAUUAAACCAGAUAGGAUAGUCAUUGCUCGUAAAACACAAAGCAUGCGGACAAAAACAAAAACGAAAAACAAAAAGGGAUUAAUAUAUAAAUAAAGAAAUUUUUUAAAAAAUACAACACGCCGGACAACCUUCAAUCUAUGGGUUGUGGCCCCGCAGAGACUAACUGCAGAGCUCAAACUUGGGUCACAGCCUCAGCCAAUUCAGAAUAUGUAUGUAUGUCUAUGUAGUUAAUAACGAACUAACUAACAGCCAAACGGUAAUAGUAUAACAAAAGAGAGAUAAAACAAAUAUUGAAAUUAAGCCAAUGUAAUUAAAUUAAGUCCACUUGAACACGCAUUCACACAGUACACACAGACAGAGCCACAACCACAGACAAAUUAAUACCAUUAAGUAAACUAAAUGUAACGAUAAUUUUUUUUUGUCAAAUUCCUAGCACGGUAAGUUGAACUUUUAGGCUAACCGCAUGGGCUCAUUGCGAGUGGCAGUUAAGGAUAAUUACUCUAAUUCAUAUGUAAUCCUAGUCCACUAGAUACACACAUACAUAUGCAUAUACAUAUACAUAUAGAUAUAUGUAGCCGUACACAAAACGAAACUAAUCUAGCAUUGAGAAAGGCAAAUAAGAAAUACCAAUAAGAAAUACCGCAGUUCGCAUCAUAUAUAUACAUACAUAUAUAUGUAUACAAACAUCUCUCUAUAUAUAUACAUAUAUAUACAAGCCCAACCAAAAAGAAAAGAGCAGAAUAAAUACAUCAUGAACAAUUUAGUCAAAAAUCAA